GCAAGGGGGUCCGCGGAGGGGAGGGGGGGGCAGGCAGCUUGCUUUUAGAAACGCACACACGGUGAGGGGCUUCAUUCUCAACCCAAAGAUUCAGGCUAACGCAUCCACCCCAUUUUAGAGUCAAGGAAAAGGGGAAGGUACCAGGGCACCAGACUCCCCACAGUGUCCAUGUUUCUUCUGUCAUGUCUAUGCGUAUCUGAGCGUACUAUCCACCGCAACCAACCAGCAAAUCAAGGCCGGAACUAGGAUCUAUCUAUUUACCACAGGACUGUCAGGAACGGUUUUAGACGUAAAGGUUUGUCCUAUUCGUCAUCAUGUUCUGAGAAAAAUCAUCUCAUCAUUCCAGGUUUUGAAAAUCCAACUCAAACUGAAAAACAUUUCCACGUUGAUGAACCAAGCGUCGGUCAUGUUCUGCACCUGACCAGCAGUAGCCUCUAUUCUCGGCACGGACUGUUACCACGACGGCAACUUUUAGAAGAAGUUAAACCCUCUCAUUGACUGAGUGGAGGGAAAAGCGAAAUCUUUAAUCGAAUAAAGUUUUUCCGUUUCUUCCCAUUUUUAUCUGCAUUACAAAGGCGAAACGGCGACUUCCAUUGAUUACCCGUCUUUCCUUUGCUAUCCGAUGGAUAUUCACUGCAAAGUAGACCCGUUCUCAGCGAUGCACCGGCACGGCGGUGUGAACCAGCUAGGCGGGGUGUUUGUCAACGGCAGACCCCUACCUGACGUGGUGAGGACAAGAAUCGUAGAACUCGCGCACCAAGGAGUGAGACCCUGUGACAUUUCGAGACAACUACGGGUCAGCCACGGCUGUGUCAGCAAAAUACUGGGCAGAUACUACGAGACCGGAAGUAUAAAGCCAGGAGUUAUUGGUGGGUCCAAACCGAAAGUGGCGACUCCAAAGGUGGUGGAUAAAAUAGCGGACUACAAGCGCCAGAAUCCGACCAUGUUCGCGUGGGAAAUCAGAGACAGACUGUUAGCUGAGGGCGUCUGUGACAACGACACGGUUCCAAGCGUCUCGUCCAUUAACAGGAUAAUACGAACAAAAGUCCAGCAGCCUUUCCACCCAUCUCCAGAUGGAACAUCCCUGUCUGCCCCAGGCCACACCAUGGUACCGAGCCAGGCCUCUCCACCUGUAACAAGCCCUUCCAACGACCCUGUGGGGUCCUACUCCAUCAACGGCAUCCUGGGUAUUCCCCGGUCGAAUGGUGAGAAGAGGAAACGAGAUGAAGAUGGUUCAGAUGGGUCUGGCCCAAACACUGAUUCUCAGGUUAGUGUGGACAGUUUACGGAAGCACCUGCGGGCCGAUGCUUUCACUCAGCAGCAGCUGGAAGCUUUGGACCGGGUCUUUGAGCGCCCGUCGUACCCCGACGUCUUCCCGACCUCGGAGCACAUCAAACCAGAACAGGCUAACGAGUACUCCCACUCCCACUCCCUGUCCUCCCUGAAUCCUGGUCUGGACGGCGAGGUCAAACCCAGCCUGUCCUCCAGCAGUAACCAGAACCUGGGCCCCAGUGUCUCUGUGACGCAGAGCUACUCUGUAGGUCGAGACAUGGCCAACACAACCCUACCAGGUUAUCCCCCUCACGUACCCCCCACCGGCCAAGGCAGCUACCCCACCUCAACACUGGCCGGAAUGGUUCCUGGGAGUGAGUUUACAGGAAACCCUUACAGUCAUCCACAGUACACGACCUACAACGAGGCAUGGCGGUUCAGCAACCCAGCAUUACUAAGUUCCCCUUAUUAUUAUAGUGCCACAUCCAGAGGUUCCGGACCACCUACUGCUGCCACGGCAUAUGACCGCCACUAGUUACCAUGGAAACCAAAUCAACCACCACCACCUACACCAUGACUACAACCAUGGCUUCGGCAGCGUCCAUGUUGCCCCGGUGUGAACAGAGGGCAU